AUGUCGGAGUCUGCUGAAAGCUGGAUGAGCGAUUCGGCCAUGCCUGUGUUCUCGUCUUUGAUGACACUCAUUGCGUCGUUGAUCAAAACACUCGUCGUGUUGAGCUUGCAGCUCACGGCGUUCUCUUGCGGGGUUUGGCCGUUCAUUUUCUUGAUAUUGUGUGAGUUGCGUGGGCUGUAUUUGACGUAUGUGCGCGACGGUGGAAGUGAUCCCGACUCGCUAUCACAAGAUGACACCCAGACGCCAGCGGUACAAGAAAAGCCCGUGCCGAUGACGGAGCACCACAAGACGGCAGCUACAGCGGCUGCUGUGACGGAGGCAGCGACCACGGAAUCGACAAGCGGUCUGGCACCGGUAUCCAACCCCGUUCCCGAAGCAAAUGUGCCAGCUUCUUCUUCUUCUUCUUCGACGCCCACCAUUUCUCAAGCGACUCCGGGACUGUCCAACACGGCCUUGGAUGCAUCUGCACCGACUAGGACUGAACGCGGUGUGACAGAGCCAGCGAACCACGAGACCCCUGGAGCGACUGCUCCAUUAGUCUCGCCUGCUUCUGAGCCAUCGACCUCGUCCGAAUCUAAUGCGGCUGAACCACUUGCGCAACGUGUGGCUCCUCAGACACAACAGGUUUCUUUGUCGGAUACCACAUCUCUUUUGAGUGAUACGCCCGAGCCAGCACCCAGCUCGACCACAUCAUCGCACUUGCUUCAUGAUGCAGACUACGUUCCCCCAGGAGACUCGAUCCCGAAGCCCAUCCCUGCGAUAAGGGAUGCAUCCCCAGUGACGCGCGCCAAAAUUUCAGUGGUUUCGACGGGAUCUGGCCAUGGACAUUACCCAGCUACGAGCAUGAAUCCAAGCUCAAACACCGUCUUGCAUCCCGAGUCUAACCAGCGCGAAUCGGCUGACGCGAAUGUGCCUUCUUCUGCUUCCACGGCCAUGUCGACGUCGUCCCGGAUGCCUACUUCAACACAAGCUGGCCAGUCGAGUCCCAUGCCUCCCAUUGUCAUGAAUUAUCCGCAUGCUCCCAUGUAA